AUGAAGAAGUGGGAAGUGGCUCAAGGCAAAACCCUACAGCACAACUCCUUUGACGAAGAGGCAUUAACAGCGUACUAUAAAAUCUUAAAUACUCUUGGCCGAGGAUCAUUUGGAGAAGUAAAAUUGGCUAGCCAUCUACUCACCCAGACAAAGGUAGCAGUAAAAGUUCUUCCAAAAGGCACAAAGAAUAGAUUCAUCAAAUCAGAAACUGAAAUAAUGAAAUCUCUAGACCAUCCCAAUAUCAUUAAACUUUUGCACAUAAUCGACACCACAAAUAACACUUACAUGGUUAUGGAACAUGCCACAGGGGGAGAGCUGAUGGACAAGAUUGUGGAGUUUGGCUACCUACCAGAGGAGGAAUCCUGUAAGGUAUUUAAACAGAUGGUAUGUGCCCUCCAGUAUUGUCACAGGAAAGGGAUUGCUCACAGGGAUCUAAAGCCUGAAAAUAUUUUAGUGGAUGGCAAAGGCAAUAUAAAACUCAGUGAUUUUGGGCUGGGCACCAAGCUUACCAUGGGGCAGAAGCUGGCAUAUUUCUGUGGGACCCUUCCUUAUUGCGCCCCAGAACUCUUUAAACGUGAAGCCUACGAUGGCCUAGCAAUCGACAUCUGGAGCUUGGGGGUUGUGCUAUACUUUAUGUCGACAGGGUGCCUCCCUUUCAUGGGAGUUACCUUUGAAAUACUAAAGGAGAAGAUCUUGGCAGGAAAGUACUCUGUUAAAUUCAAGCUGUCGCCAGAGCUUUGGGACGUUAUUGGUAAGUUGUUAACUGUAAAUCCUGGACAAAGACCAAGAAUAGAUGACGUUGUGGGCUUUCAAUGGCUAAAGCAUGGCAGUGAAGGUUCUCCCAGUCCCUUUAGAGAGAACGAUGAGGACAGCUUCCCAGACCCCACUGUGAUGGUCAUCAUGGGCGUCAUGGGUUAUAAGCAAGGAGAGGUAAUGGAAGCUUUACGGGAGAAGAAGUUUGAUCAGGUGAUGGCCACAUACUUGAUUCUUAAGCAGCAGUCACCCUGGAAAGAGAGCUUUAUAAAAGAUCUUCAGCCCAAGCAGUCUUCUGGAACCUUGAACCUUACAGGCCCUCCCACGAUACCAAAAGUGACUAUAAAGAGGGGAUCUAGUGUCCCCAUCCUUCCCACUUCUCCCAUUUUGCCCACUCUACCUGAGAGUCCUGAGAACGACAAAAAGGGGAGAACGAGGUACAGUACGCCUCCCACCCUGAACUGCCCUAACAAGAAAACAGCCCCGGUUCACAUUAUCUGCCCCCAGCAUGUAUAUGAUCCUCACUCCAUGAACAGCUCUUGCGGGGAUUCAGAGAGCACUAUUAACACUUCCAGUGAUAUAUGUCCCGGAGUGUCUUCAGGACUGGAAAGUUAUUCCAACCAGUCAUUCCUGGAUGUGUCCGAAGCUGGCCUAAACACGUCAAAGAACAAGGUGUCCUCACAGGAUGUUUUAUCUCAUCACACCUCUAAGGAAGAAGUUCAGUGCAAAGACAUCAACCUUCCAGGUGAAAACCUCUGCUCAUCUCUCCCCCAAACCUCACUUCAGGAGGAACUCAGCGGGAAGCCCCACACCCACAGUGUGGCUACAGAUAGUCAGAGAGCAGAAAAGACCAGCUCAUCUCUCCCAAAAUCUGCACUUCAGGAGGAUCUCAGAGGACAGCCCAACAAUGCAGCUACAGCUGGUCGGGGAGAUGAAAAGAGCAGCUCAUCUCUCCCACAAAAUGCACUUCAGGAGGAUCUCAGAGGACAGCCCCGCAAUGCAGCUACAGCUGGUCGGGGAGAUGAAAAGACCAGCUCAUCUCUCCCAGGAAAUGCACUUCAGGAGGAUCUCAGGGCACAGCCCCACAGUAUGGCUACAGCUGCUUCAAAGAGCAACAUGACCUCACAAGAUAAAUCACCUCCAUUCUCCAGCAAGGAGGCCCAAAAUGAGGGUCCCAUUGUACAAGAAAAAGACCUCAGCCCAUCCUCCCCAGAAACAUCCCAGGGACACCUCAGUGGCCAGAGACAGACUGCACCCAGAGCCCCCUUUAGAAAGCGAUUUUGGAAGAGCCUACAGAACAGGGUUAUAAAAGGCCUGAGAAGGUUAUGUUGCUGCUUACCAACAGAAAAGAGGGAGCGCCUAGGCCGCAACAAAAUCCUGGAUGUGAGCUUAAAGGGCCAUGGAGGCAGCCAAGUGCUGUUGGAGGCACUGUGGUCCCCUAGGCUGAAACCAGAGAGUGGAGAGCAGCAUGCUGAGGAUGCACAUGGCAGCGCCGGGGAGAGCCAGUUGUCCUAUUUCAACAUCAUCAUAAAGAUAUUUGGGUGUGGAAAUGCUCAUGAGGGCCCUGACUUCUAA